AGAGCAAGCAGAAAUCCUGUUUCAACAGAGCAGUAAAGGAGCCGGGUGGAGAGUGUGGGUAAAUGCUGUGAGCAGGGAGCUGAACGGUUCUGCUUGGGAAAAGCUGGGUGUGUUUUCAAGAUAAAUAGUUAUUAGCAUUUGUCUCCUUUUCUCUUCACGAUAAACACGUGCAAAGGGAGCUGGGGAGGAGGAUGGGUACCAUCACCAACAAGUUUUCUUUUUCUGUUCAGAGAUGACAGUACUGACAGCGAAGCCUGUGUUUCCAACAAGUUUGUUAACGAUGGCAGUUUCCUCCAGCAGUUUCUCAAGCUGCAGAAGGAAAAGUCAAGUACUGGUAGGUCGACUUCUGAGCAACAGGAGGCUUUUCCUUCUCCUGGUGAGCCCAGCUUUGUGUGAGCUGCCUCCGUGUGUAGUCACUUUAGAAACCCUGCUAUGAGCUGUUACCAGUAUGAGUAAGUUCUAAAGCAAUAAUGGCCCUUUUAAAUUCAGAUUAAAGUCUUGAGAUGCAAUAGGGAGGUUGGCCCCUUUCUCUUUUUCAGUGCUGUAAAGACAAGCAUCUCCCUUCUAGCUUGAAUCUCGCUUUUAAAAACCAUCACAGCUUUUACCUCUCACUGUCUUUAACUUACUCUGAAAAUAACAGCCUAUUGCAGCUGCGUUAACGGCCCGAGUUGUUAUUUAUUGUAACCUGCUGAGAUGAAACCAGGAAGGAUGCCCAGGAAUUAUUUUCCCCCCUCAUUCUUUUCUAAGAAACUCCCCCGAGUUCUACUCCUAAUAACUCGGCAAACGCUUCUGCGCCAAACGUUGGGAAGAAACCUUUGCUGUUUGGGAAGAGGCCAGGGCAGGUCCUGAGCAGCAUGCUGCACCAAGCCAGGAACUACUCCCAUUCCAAACAGAGCCCCGUCGUUAACCGCCUCAGUGUCUUUCAGUCGCCAGACGAAGAUGAGGAGGAAGAUUAUGAGCAGUGGUUGGAAAUCAAAGUUUUACCCCCAGAGGAUGCGGAGACCCGGCAAGUGGUGGAAAAGCUGGCUAGGUUCGUGGCUGAAGGGGGACCCGAGUUAGAGAAGGUGGCUAUGGAAGACUACAAGGAUAACCCAGCUUUUUCGUUUUUGCAUGAUAAGAACAGCAGAGAAUUCCUUUACUACAGAAAGAAAGUGGCAGAGAUAAGAAAAGAGAAUCAAAGUUCUCAGGCAUCCUCUUCUCAGAAAGUUUCACCCCCAGACGACGAAGAGACAAAGAACUCUGCUGAGAAACUGGCCAGGUUCAUAGCAGACGGGGGUCCCGAGGUGGAAGCUAUUGCCUUGCAGAACAACAGAGAGAACCACGCUUUCAGGUUUUUAUAUGAGCCAAACAGCAAAGGCUACAAGUAUUACCGGCAGAAGCUGGAGGAGUUCCGUAAGGCCAAAACCAGCACCCUGUGUGCCCCUUCACCAGUAGAGUCCAGUCUGAAAAGGAAGACGAGUCCCGAGGCAUCGCCCUCCCCCUUGUGCUUACCCCCCCUGCCCGUGCCCUCACCUCUGCCCCUUCCCUUGCCCCUUCCCUCUCCUUUACCCUUGCCUUUGCCCGUUCCCUCUCCCUUGACUUCGCCCUUGCCUGUUCCUCCCCCCUUGCCCAUUCCCUUGCCCGUGCCUUCCUCCUUGCCCUCACCUUCACCAUCAUCCUCUACGACUCCACCUGAUCAGACGGCGACAGCUUCUGUUGCAACCACCACGGCAACCACAGCUACAGGCACCACUAAAAAGAAGCGGAAGAGCAGGUGGGGGCCGGAGGAGGACAAGGUGGAAUUGCCCCUCCCGCAGCUUGUCCAGCAGCUGGAUUCUCCCUCCCCUCUUUCAGUUCAGGACCUCAAGGGUCUUGGUUAUGAAAAAGGGAAACCGGUUGGUUUGGUGGGUGUGACAGAGCUCUCCGAAGCCCAGAAGAAGCAGCUGAAGGAGCAGCAGGAGAUGCAGCAGAUGUACGAUAUGAUCAUGAAGCACAAGCGGGCCAUGCAGGAGAUGCAGAUGAUGUGGGAGAAGGCCAUCCAGCAGCACCAACACGGCUACGACAGCGACGAGGAGGUGGACAGUGAGCUGGGGACGUGGGAGCACCAGCUUCGCCGCAUGGAGAUGGACAAGACACGAGAGUGGGCUGAGCAGCUGACCCAGAUGGGCAGAGGGAAACACUUCAUUGGAGACUUUCUUCCGCCUGACGAGCUGGAGAAGUUCAUGGAGACGUUCAAGGCGCUGAAGGAAGGACGUGAGCCAGAUUAUUCCGAAUACAAGGAGUUCAAACUGACUGUGGAAAACAUAGGUUAUCAAAUGCUAAUGAAGAUGGGCUGGAAGGAAGGCGAGGGGCUCGGCUCGGACGGGCAGGGGAUUAAAAACCCCGUCAGCAAGGGAACCACAGCUGUGGAUGGUGCUGGCUUUGGCAUCGACCGCCCGGCCGAGCUGACCAAGGAGGAUGAUGAGUACGAGGCGUUCCGCAAACGCAUGAUGCUCGCCUACCGCUUCCGACCAAACCCGCUGAACAAUCCACGACGACCUUACUACUGAGAAUGUAUUAUUAUUUUUUGGGGGGGGACGAUGUGUUUUCAAACCAAUUGUAACUUGACUGUGAGAUGUUACGGAACUGCAUUAUCAUUCUCUUAUUUGCUGAUAUUGUCAAACUUAAGGGAAGUGACGAUGACCGUCGUUCACCCAGAAGAAAGGCCUGGGAGGGAGCCUGUUCCAUCCUGUGCUCUGGUGUCAUGACAACAGUGUGGUGA